GGAUUCCAAAGAUUGAGUUAGGCGAAAAGAAAAAUUGGAAAAUAUGUGCAUUUCGCAAAACAAAAAAAAAGACACAAUUUGACCUCCAACCCGGUACCUUGUGGCGGUCGACCCGGCGAGUGCGUGCGGCCCGUUUUUCUCACCGGGUCAGAGUCAGGUUGACAACCUUGCUCCAAAAUAAAUAAUUUCCGUCCCCCCAAUAUCCGCUGCUCUCUUUCGUCUUUCUUUCAUUUUCUUUCCACGCUGCGCAUCUUCCUUCGCCCCCGGCAAACUAUUUACCAACACCGAAAAAGGAAAAAGAAAAACAGAAAAAGACUUUUCCAUCACUCUCUCUUCUCCAGCCGGCCCUCCAGUUCCUCGCUCGCUUCACAACAAACCAGCCGAGAUAUGAUCCCUCCUCCACCUCCGCGAUUCUGAUCCCUCCUCCAAUUUCUCUCCCUCUCCCUCUCCCAAUCCGAUUCCUUUUGCCCUCCUCACUAACCCUAAGAUUCCAGAAGAGGAGGUGGUGAACAAGGCAGGCCCCGCCGCCGCUCACUUCCAGAUGGCGACCACUACCAGCCUCACCGGCGGCGGCGGUGACGAUCGGGUCAUGGCCACCGCUCAGCAGAUCGUCAAGAGCCUCAACACGCCCGCCAACGUCAGAGAAGACAUGCUCCUAAUUUUCUCCAGCUUCGACAACCGCCUCUCCAACAUCACCGAUUUGAUCGACGACGACGAGCGCAAGGCCCGCUCCAAGCUCGACGCCGCCGAGCAGGUCAUUAUGCGCUGGGAUUCGUCUCGCACCGCUCUCCCGUCCUGGUGCGACUGUCCCGAGGACGCGGUCGACUACUUGACUGCCGUUGACGAGGUCCUCGACCUGCUCGACGACCUCUCCUUUAAGGAUGCCAGCAUCGAGGCCGUCGACCGGGCCGAGACCGCCGUCCAGGUUGCUAUGACCAGGCUCGAGGAGGAGUUUCGCCACAUCCUCACCAGGAACACUGUCCCGCUCGAUGCCGAGAGGCUCUACGGAUCCAUACGCAGGGUUUCUCUCUCCUUUGUGGGUAACGAGGGGGAGAUCAUCGACGACGAAUUCGAGAGUUUCGGUGAGGUCGAUAGCGCACGUGACAGCGGCUAUUUCCACGAGCGGGGGGUUAGUUUGGGCGAUGAUAUUUGUGUGGAUUUGAUUAACCCUGAUGCUGUUGGGGAGCUGAGGGAGAUCGCUGAUCGAAUGAUCCGUUCUGGGUACGAGAAAGAGUGUGUUCAGGUUUACUCCAGUGUCAGGAGGGAGGUUUUGGACGAGUGUUUGGCUAUCUUGGGCGUUGAGAAGCUUAGCAUAGAAGAGGUUCAGAGGAUUGAAUGGAAAGUGUUGGAUGAGAAGAUGAAGAAAUGGGUGCAGGCUGUGAAGAUUGGAGUAAGGGUUCUUCUCACUGGGGAGAAGAGGCUGUGUGAUCAGAUCUUCAGCACCUCCGAUUCCGCGAGGGAGAUUUGUUUCAAUGAGAAUGCUAAAGGGUGUAUAAUGCAGCUGCUGAAUUUUGGGGAGGCUGUUGCUAUAGGGAGGAGAUCAUCAGAGAAACUCUUUAGGAUCUUGGAUAUGUAUGAUGUACUGAGUGUUGUUAUUCCAGACUUGGAGAUGAUGGUGACAGAUGGUUUCUUGUGUGGUGAGGCAAAGGGUGUUCUAUCUGGACUUGGAGAAGCUGCUAAAGGGACUUUCUCAGAGUUUCAGAGCGCCGUGCAGAACGAGGCUUCCAGGAAGCCUAUGUUAAGCGGGGAGAUUCAUCCGCUGACACGGUAUGUGAUGAACUAUGUGAAACUAGUAGUGGAUUAUAGCCAUACAUUGAAUUCCCUCUUUGCGGAGAGUGAUGAGGAUGAAUCUAGUGGUGGCUCGGGUUCACAUACUGAUGAUGGUGAGGAGAAUGCAACUCCAAUAUCAAGGAGGGUUUUGGCCCUGUUGUCGAUCCUGGAGUCAAAUCUCGAGGAGAAAUCUAAGUUAUACGAGGAUGGUGCUAUGCACUACAUAUUCCUUAUGAACAAUAUUCUGUACAUUGUGCAGAAAGUAAAAGACUCAGAACUCAUUAAGGUGGUGGGAGAUCAGUGGGUUCGAAAACGGCGUGGCCAGAUACGUCAGUACGCGACAUCUUAUCUUAGGGCUGCUUGGAGUAGGGCUUUGUCAUGUUUGAAGGAUGAAGGGAUUGGCGGGAGCUCGGGUAGUGCGUCGAGAGUGGCUUUGAAAGAGAGGUUUAAGAGUUUCAACGCAUGGUUUGAAGAUAUAUACAGGGUUCAGACAGGAUGGAAGGUCCCGGAUCCUCAGCUCCGCGAAGAGCUAAGAAUCUCUAUAUCUGAAAAGGUGAUACCUGCUUACCGGGCGUUUUUGGGACGGUUUGGAAGCCAUCUCGAGAGCGGGAAGCAUUCAGGGAAGUACAUAAAGUUCACACCAGAAGAUCUGGAGAAUUAUGUACCUGAUCUAUUUGAAGGGACACCUCUUGUGAUUCACCACUUGAGAAGAAAGAGUUAGUAGGAAGGAUAAAGUCUUGGUGGCUUGGGUGACAGGAUAUCAGUCACUUGCUUAAGACUUAAGAGGAAGGAACAGAGUUUCCCGCUCUCAAUGUACGCCUGAUAAUAUGUUUUUUUCUUUCUUCUUUUUCGUUUUGUUCAUUACUUGUUGGUUAUUGUCAAUGCUUGAGCAAACAAACAAACAAACAAACAGAUGCUCUUCCUGAAAGUCGAAACAGUCUCUGAAUGCUGUGUUUUAAGUUUGUUGUACAUGUAAUAUAGAAUACUCUCAAGAAAGCCAUUAUCAUUUUGCCAACCAAUAUUGCAGCUGGUUUUUGGUCUUGGAAGAAUGUAAGUGGUUAAGGAGGGAUGUAAGAUAUUUGACUCGUAUGGGAAUCCAAGUUGACAGAUUCUUCUCAGUGGUUGCAGAUUUAGGAUGCUAUGCCAUUGAUGAAGUAAGUUAGCAAUACCAUGUGCUUCUCAUGUCAUGUCAACCUAGCUCGUUUUGCAGUUGAGAAGUAUGGUGGAUCUGCAAACACCGCUCUCUCCUCUUCAGAUGCAGUUGUGCCCUCUGCGCGUGUGGAUGAGAUAUCUUUGCUACGUGAAUGAGAUCCAGUAGUCACAUAGAUGAUGGGAGUCUUUGGUACGGGUGUGUUGGUUAGUAACCACUCGAUCAUUGUCUGUUUAGGCAGCCUACUCGCACAGGCUAUGGUUAACGUGGCAAAAUGGGUUUGGUUGCGAGGCUUUUUUUCCAGUAGGGGCCAGGACAGGACAGGACAGGUCAGGUCAGGUCAGUUGGGAAGCAGCGGAUUUCAUAAGACAGGUGGACGAACUGGAGCAUUGAUUGCCCACCGCAAUCAGAGUCCGCAGGCACUCAAUAAUGCUGCAACCGGAAAAAGAACGUGCACUUGUCUGCCUGGCUACCUAGUCGGUUUUGUUGCUCUGCCGCUCCACACCAAAAAAACAACACUCCCUACCAUCCUGCCGCUUCUCUCGUCGGCCUUUUAUGUUUCUCAGCCGAGUUGAAUCUUGUAAGUUAUCGGUACCGACUACUACUUCUAAUAAAGGUGAAGUGUAAUC